CAGUCAAGCGCCCCACGCAGAGGCAUUGGCACAAAAGGGAGAGAAAGAUACUUUGGAUACAAACAUGAUUUUUACAGCAAAAAUGGGAUCACAAUUCAGGGAUGGCUUGCUGCCAAAGAUUAUCAGGUGCAGUCGAAAUGGAUCAGACAGCCACGGAUUGCCAUCGAAUACCGUAUUAUGUGUCGAGUCAACAGUAGCCCGGCCAAAGGGUCGUCGGUUUGGAUUUGAGAGCGUAUCUAGUACUCGCUCUGCGAGCCGUACGAAGUUUGGCCCUUGCCGUGGUGCUUGCCCUGGUGCUUUCCAUUGCCACCGGACGAUUUAUGUCCUUGAGAAGGAUGGUGGCUUUUGUUGCCAUGGUGAUCGGUGCUUCCACCAUAGGAGCUGUGCUUAUCAUCGUUAUCGUCGCAGUCUUCGUCAUCGCCGGAGUAGCUAUCAUUGCCGUAGGUCUCGGAGUCGUCAUAAUCGUAGUCGUCCUCGUCGUCCUCGUCAUCCUCGUCCUCAUAGCUGCCAUAACCGUCGUCAUCCUCAUCAUCGCAAUCUUGGGGAGGCUUCUCGUGCGAGUGCUUAUGAGGGGGGUUGUGCUUGUGAGUCGGGUGGGGAUGCGAGGUCACAGUCACGGUAUGGGUAAAGGUGGGAGUGGGGCAGCUGAAAGUGGUCGUGGUUGCGGGAACAGUGACACCUUGGGCGCUAGUUGUAGUGACGCUGGGAGAAGCGGUGGUUGUAGUGACGCUGGGAGUGGGAGCACCGCCGCCCUGGUUGCUGGUAGUCGUGGCAGUGGGUUCGACAGAGGAAGACUCGGUUGCAGUCGAAGACACAGAUGCCGAUUCGGUUGUGCUCGAGGGCUCGACAGAGGUGGUCUGGGGAGACUCGGUGGUCGAGCUCGAAGUAGAGUAGGGAUCAGCAGAAGUGGUGCUGGAACUGGAGGCGGUGGUGCUGGCAGAGGCAGUGGUGGUACUGGGAGAAGGAGCAGUCACACCUUGACCGCCGGUGGUGGUCGAGACCGAAGAAGAGGCAGAAGUGGUAGAGUGGUGGCAGCUAUCGGUAGAGGUAGAGGAGGUGGUAGAGGCAGAAGCAGAUGUAGUGGUGAGAGACGGGGCGCCACCGCCCUGGUUGCUGGUAGUAGCCGAAGCAGAAGUAGCCGAGGAUGAUCCAGUAGUGGAGGAAGCAGCGGUGGUGGACGAUACCACAGGAGAGCCGGUGGUCGAGCUGGCAGUUGGGUAGGGGUUGGAGGCCGAGGUCGUCGAGGACGAGGCAGCGGUAGUCGAGGACGAGGCAGCGGUAGUCGAGGACGAGGCAGCGGUAGU